UCAAUUUCACCUUCUCCUCCAUAAUCAUCACUCAACCUCUCUAUCUUUUUAUUUUUUUCAGUUUUGAGGAAACAAGAAAAAUAAUCUAUGGGGGAGAUGAAAUCAUCAACAAAAGGAAGAAUGGAGCUUGAAGAAUUGUAUUCAGGCAUCCCAGAUGAAUCCGUAAACCUAACAUUUCAAGAUUUUGGAAAAAUUCAUCAAGAACAUGCAAACAAAAUCGAAACAAUUCAAGAAACUAAACAAAUUUCUAAUCUUAACAAAUUGCCUAGCCUUGACUUCAGUAGAGGCUUACAAGCAACCAUGAAUCAUAACCAUAACCAUAACCAUCAUCAUCAUCAUGAGCUUGAUCACCAUGUAGGUCAUCAUGGCCAUCGUGAUGCGGAGGAUAUGCAUGUGCAUGGUCAUCAUGGACGAUUUGGUUUUGCGGGUACUCCAAGCCAUCAUCAUGGCCAUGCAGAUGACAUGAGUAUGAUGAGCAUGAACUCUACAUAUCCAGAAAGAGGUGGAACUGGAAGAUCUCGACGGCCAGGAAUUCCUCACUCUAAUAUUUGUACUGUGUGUACUACUUAUGUUUAUAUUUUCAAACAUCGGUGUUUGGUAUGUGGUAGGGUUUACUGUAGAAACUGUGCAGCCAUAGGAAUGGGAGAGAUGACAGAAGGAAGGAAAUGCAUUGAAUGUCUAGGAAGAAGAUUCAGCCAAAGGUAUAUUAAAAGAGCAGGAAAGGUAGGAUGCUGUUCAAGUUAUGCAAGCACAGUGAAGCAAGCAGAAAUGAGAUGGGCAGAGAAAGGUCCGAGAAGAAGUGGUGAGAGGGCUUAUGGCCAUAGCACAAUGGUUUCAAGAUCUGUCCACCAAACUACUCCUACAAGGCCACAUCUCCAUUCUGUCAGUAACUCUCCUUCCUUUGUUGCCUCACCUUAUUCUCCUCAUCAUCAUCACCUCCCUUUGUAGGAACAUGCCCUACAAAUUUGUUUCUUUGACAAUGCUGAAUCUCUCUUAUAUUGUUUUAUUUUUCUUCUAAGUUUUCAUCAUUGUUUUGAUGAGUAAUUUUAUUCAAAACUUUGUACCUUAAUUUGAGUGUAUUGCUAUUCUUCAACUAUAAAGUUGGAGGUUAUAU